CUAAUUCAUCUUGUGGAAAAGUGCAUAAGUACCAAACCGUUGGUAAUCGACAGUUUUUCCUGAAAUCUUUUUGAUUCUAUCGAUAAACUAAGCUUUCUCCAGUCGACAUGGGGCACCAUCCGGAACCGAAAACGUACAUCUCGGAAAAACUGCCAGAAGGACUGCGCAAGAGCAUGGAAACGUUUCAGGCUAAGAAUUCGUUACCUGUUUUCUUGAAGGGUGGCCCAAUGGACAGGGUUCUCUAUUUGACAACCCUGGCCUUGUGUGGACUGGGAAUUCUCGGCACUUUCAAGUUAGUUUACGAUUUAGGGUUUUCCGGUAAGAAAAAGGAAUAAUUUCAUGU